AUGGAUGAUAGAUCCAGUAAGCUCAUUUUAGUUCCUAUUUUAGCUGUCCUUUUUGUUAUGAUAGGUUAUCAGUACAUAUGUCCCGCUGGCAGUAAUUCAUGCCACUUUAAGACUGAGGAGAAAUUUAGAGGGGUGAGUCUACUUUCAACCCCUUAUCAGGACAGCGAUGAUUUCUACAGAGAUCAAGACCUGGAGGAUGACAGCCCUCCGAAACUAUCGUCGAAAUUCAACUUCACUGAAAGAGACCUUGACAGACACGUGGAGUUCAACAUCAAAGGGGACGACGUGAUAGUGUUUUUGCACAUCCAGAAGACCGGGGGGACGACUUUCGGGAGGCACUUGGUGAGGAAUAUUCGCUUGGAGCAGCCGUGCGACUGCAAGCCAGGGCAGAAGAAAUGCACGUGCCACCGACCGGGGAAAGAAGAGUCCUGGCUCUUCUCCCGGUUCUCUACGGGCUGGAGCUGCGGACUGCAUGCAGACUGGACCGAGCUUACGAACUGUGUCCCUGUCAUUAUGGAUAAGAAGGAGGCCCGGAGGAAUAAAAGCCACUCUAAGAACUUCUACUACAUCACCAUGCUGCGCGACCCAGUCUCCCGCUACCUGAGCGAGUGGAAACAUGUCCAGAGAGGAGCCACAUGGAAGACCGCCCUCCAUAUGUGUGAUGGACGUUCGCCCACCCAGGACGAGCUGCCCACCUGCUACAGUGGGGAUGACUGGUCCGGCGUCACCCUGACAGAGUUCAUGAACUGCCCGUCGAACUUGGCGAACAACCGUCAGGUCCGCAUGCUGGCUGACCUGAGCCUGGUGGGCUGCUACAACCUGUCCUCCAUGAACGAAAGCCAGCGCAACCACAUCCUUUUAAGCAGCGCCAUGAGCAACUUGAAGAACAUGGCUUUCUACGGCCUGACUGAGUUUCAGCGUAAGACCCAGUACCUGUUUGAGCGGACGUUCAGCCUGCGCUUCAUCUCUGCCUUCACGCAGAUUAACAGCACGCGAGCUGCCAACGUGGACCUGAGCGAGACUGUGCGCAAACGCAUCGAGGACCUCAACUACUUGGACAUGCAGCUGUACGAAUAUGCAAAGGACCUGUUCCUCCAGCGUUUCCAGUUCACCCGCCAGAGGGAGCACCAGGAAGUGCGCUUGAAGAGGCGCGAGGAGAAGCGCUGGCUGCGGGAGCAGAGAGACCAGGUCAGGCCUUGGCCGCCCAAACACAGAGGCGGCGGCAACAGAGGCGGGAGAGUGGGAGGAGGUUUUGAGAAGGAAACUGAGAGUGACUUCCCAGCCACCACCGAGGACUACACGAGCCAAGUAGCCCGCUGGUGA